AUGCCUCGUUCAAAGCGCGCGCGCGUCGUCCAUGAGUCCAAGACGACCAAGAAGGACCACAAGGAGCAGACCCGCCGUCUGUAUGCCAACAUUCGGGAAUGUGUCGAGGAAUAUGAUCAUCUGUUCCUCUUUGCGGUGGACAACAUGCGGAACACCUACCUGAAGGAUGUGCGCGCUGAGUUCUCAGACAGCCGUCUCUUCUUCGGCAAGACCAAGGUCAUGUCCAAGGCUCUGGGAAGCACCCCCGAGACUGAGGCUGCUCCCAACCUGCACAAGCUUACUCCCUUCCUCACCGGCGCUGUCGGUCUCCUGUUCACCUCCCGCCCCGCCAAGUCAGUCACCGACUAUUUCGAGAACUUCCGUCCCCAGGAUUUCGCCCGUGCCGGCACCGAGGCCACUCGCUCUUUCUCUAUUCCCAACGGCCUGGUCUGCGCUCGGGCUGGCGAGAUCCCUGAACACGACGACGAGCCCCUCAGCCACACCAUUGAGCCUGCGCUGCGCAAGCUCGGUGUCCCCACCCGCUUGAUUAAGGGCAAGAGAGUUUCCCCCGUGUGCCGCAAGGGCGACACAUUGGAUUCCCGCCAGACUACUCUUAUGAAGAUGUUUGGUGUCACUUCCUCCGAGUUCAAGGUCGACUUGAAGGCGCAAUGGGAGCGCGAAUCCAACGAGGUGAAGAUCCUCGAGCAAGGUGAUAUGGAGGUGGAUGCAUAG